AUGAAGCGCCUUUCUCGAGUAUUCAGUGGAAGCCCCAAGGCUGUUAAUGCAAACGAAGUGAAGGAAGUGAGUGUGUCUCGUCGAAAUACCAAGCCUAUUGUGGAAGGCCGGUCUGUGGAUGAAAACAGACCAAUUCGAGUGGUUGUUAUUGGUGCCGGUAUCUCUGGAAUACUCGCAUGCAUUCGACUUGUCCAAAGGAUAGAGAACCUCGAGCUUUGCAUUUAUGACAAGAACGCCGAUAUUGGAGGGACAUGGUUCGAGAAUCGGUAUCCCGGAUGCGCCUGUGAUAUUCCUGCCCACACUUACCAACUUACCUUUGAGCCCAAUAAGGAAUGGUCAUCCUUCUACGCACCUGCACCUGAGAUACACCGUUACUGGCAGAGAGUUGUUGAGAAGUACGGAUGUAUGAAAUAUAUCAAAUUGAAGCAACAGGUUACCGGUGCGGAAUGGGAUGAAAGGACCUCGAAAUGGCUACUUCAAAUCCAUAGCUUGGAGGAUGGGGCUAUAUAUGCCGAUACAAGCGAUGUUGUUAUUCAAGCAACUGGGUCCCUGAAUAACUGGAAGUGGCCCAGUAUACCUGGUCUACAUGAAUUUGAGGGAAAGCUGCUGCAUAGCGCUUCUUGGGAUGAGGGAUAUGACUACACCAAUAAGCGCGUCGCUGUUAUUGGAAAUGGGUCUAGUGGUAUUCAGAUCGUGCCAGGAAUUCUCCCCAAUGUGACACAUAUUGAUCAUUACAUGCGAUCCAAGACCUGGAUUUCGCCGACUUUUGCAAGAGAGCACAUAGACAAGCGUGGUGACGGGCUAGAAAACUUUGACUUUACCCCAGAGGAAAUUGAAACUUUCAAGACAGAUCACCAAGCUUAUCAAAAGUUUCGUAAAGAGGUUGAACUUCAGUUACAAUCCGUCCAUGGAUCUACUCUAAUGGGAAAUCCAAUGCAAAUCGGGGCACGGGAGGUCUUUGUGGAAAACAUGAAGCGGCGACUAGCCAAGAAGCCCGAAUUGGCUGACGAUUUAAUCCCUUCCUUUCCUCCGGCAUGCCGUCGGUUAACCCCAGGACCAGGCUAUCUUGAGGCUCUGACGGAUGACAAGGUUGAGAUGAUUCGAUCAGAAAUCGUCAAGGUCGAUGCCACAGGUAUUAUUACAACAGACGGUCAGCAUCGGAAAGUCGACGCGAUCAUCUGUGCUACCGGGUUUGACACGUCCCACGCUCCUCGAUUUCUAAUAAAAGGGCGUGGAGGUGUCACUCUUGCUGAGCGUUGGAAAGAAACCCCAGAGACCUACAUUUCUGUCGCAACCGAUGGGUUUCCAAAUUAUUUCAUUUCUCUGGGGCCAAACGCCGGGCUUGGAGAGGGAAAUCUGCUAAUUUUGAUCGAGAAGUCCAUUGAGUACAUGACAGAAUGUAUACGUAAGAUGCAGCGAGACAGCAUUUGUGCCAUGACUGUGAAGAGUGACGCCGUGAAGCGCUUCACGCGGUAUUGCGAUGAAUAUUUCGCAACCACAGUUUUUGGUACCAAAUGCCACAGCUGGUACAAAGGUGGCACAGAGGAUGGGCGGAUCGUUGCUCUCUGGCCUGGGUCAUCUCUUCAUGCGAUGAAAGUAUUCUCCAAUCCCCGAUGGGAGGACUUCGAGUAUGAGUAUGUCAACGAUAACCCCAGUGGGUGGUUUGGCGAUGGCUGGACCGAGAAUGAGAAGCACAAUAAGAUCCAUGUCAAUUACCUGGAUGAUGAGCAAGUCGACUUCCCCCAACCGGCGAAAGUAUAG